GCGGCGGCGGCGGCGGCGUGCGCGGGCACGAGCGGCGUGCUCGCGCGUUUCUCUCUCUGCAAGGGCAUGGUUGGUGGCGGCCGAGAAAUGUCCCCCUUCAGCUGGAAGCCCUUUGUGUACGGGGGCCUAGCGUCCAUCACCGCCGAAUCCGGCACCUUUCCAAUAGAUCUCACUAAAACCCGACUGCAAGUCCAGGGCCAAUCACUUGAUUUGCGUUAUAAGGAGAUAAAGUACAGAGGAAUGCUACAUGCCCUAUUGCGGAUAUUUAAAGAAGAAGGAUUGAGAGCUCUCUAUUCUGGCAUAAGCCCAGCACUAUUGCGGCAGGCAUCCUAUGGCACCAUCAAAAUCGGAACAUACCAAAGUUUGAAACGCUUGUUUGUAAGCUGCCCAGAAGAUGAGACUCUGCUUGUAAAUGUUUUUUGUGGGAUUCUUGCUGGAGUAAUUUCAUCCUCAAUAGCCAACCCUACAGAUGUUUUAAAGAUACGCAUGCAAGCACGAAGUGAGCUUUGUCAGGGAAGUAUGAUUGGUAAUUUCAUUAAUAUCUACCAGCAAGAAGGUACCAGGGGCUUAUGGAGAGGUGUCAGCCUCACUGCCCAGCGAGCAGCCAUUGUUGUGGGUGUGGAGUUACCCGUGUAUGAUGUUACGAAAAAGUACAUCAUUUUAUCUGGCUUCAUGGGAGAUACAGUUUACACACACUUCCUCUCGAGCUUCACCUGUGGUUUGGCUGGUGCCUUGGCCUCCAAUCCUGUCGAUGUUGUGCGGACUCGCAUGAUGAACCAGAAAGUGGUCUUGGGGAAUCGUGUUGCUUACAAGGGGACCCUGGAUGGUCUCCUGCAGAUCUGCAAGACUGAAGGCUUCUUCGCUUUGUACAAGGGAUUCUGGCCUAACUGGUUACGGCUUGGGCCUUGGAAUAUCAUUUUCUUCAUUACGUAUGAGCAACUUCGGAAACUCCCUAUCUAAGUUAUAUCUGAAAAACUAUUUAAGCUUGUGCUGCUGCUUGGCAUUUGUUUGUUGAAGGAAUGAAGCCUUCAUGCCAUUGCCUUUUCUUCCACCCAUGCCUCAGAUUUAUGCAUGAAUGUUGUUGCAUUCGAGUUUAAUGACAUUAUGUGGAAAGAAGAUCUGUGCACAGGACAGAUUCUCAGUCUCUGAAAAUUUGGAAGAACUUCUCCGUCCAGUUGAAAACAGCUCAUCAGAGACAGCCAUGGGCACUGGCCUGCACCCGGAUGCAUACAGACCCAUUUGUGCCACAGCACACGGAAAUUUCGAUGUGUCCGAAGAUUAUACAUCACCUGGACAUGCAAGUGCACACAGAGACAGGUGUGCAGUUUGUGGAAAGAGUUGUGGAGGUUAAGGAUAAAACUUGGGUUUUGUUUAUCUUUGUGGUAUCACUUUAAUUUGGAUUUGGUAUGUGUCUUAAGUCCUAAAUUAGAAAAUGGAACCCUUUCUAACCAUGAAGCAACAGGUUGAUAAACAGUUCUUUCUAAAGCUCAAUCUUCAAAUUGGAGAGUUACAUAGAGCAAAGGCAGGAUUGCUGGGGCUUUGCACAACCUGAUGUAAAGAAGUGGCUAAGUCAGUCAGUAACUAGUUAUUUAUACUUCCUUGUCUUUGUGCCUUGAAUCUAUUUAAGGCUUCACAGAAAGUGAGACCAAACUAUUUGUAAAGAAAAGCUAUAUGGAAAACUGUGCAUUGAAGUAAGUUUCUAGUUCCCAACCAUUAAAUAAUGGCCUAAUACAGCCUUUAUUUCUAUGGUGCUUUCCAGAGUUUCAAAUUAAGAAUCCUUAAAAAUAAAUUGAUUGUCCACCCAAAUUAAACCAGUAUUUUAAGUUGCUUGUUCCAUGUUCCUCCAGAUUUGUUCUUGGGAUUUGCCAUUCCAGUUUGCAGCUGUAGUUAAAUACGAUGAUUUGUUUAGAUUUUGUAAUUUGUGCUUCUCUCCUUUUGUGAUGAUUUAGUUCUGGAAGAACCUGCCAUUCUUCAAAUGAGAAAGGGCAGCAAUUUCCUUUGAAAAAGGGGCACUGGUCCACAGAUGGAAGUAUUUUCAGUAGUAUGAUAGUUAUUUUUCCUCCCUCUUUAUAGGAUGAAAGGUGACCCAGUCCUAGAACCAUAUUGAUAUUGAAGUACUAUAACUGAGUCAUGACAAGGUUUAUGUGGUCACCCAUUGCUUGAACUUUAUGCUGGAAAGUCAAGGGAUUUCUUCGGUAGAUAUCUCCAGCUGUUCCUAUUAGGGUUUCACCAAGUCCAUAUUCAGCGAAUCACACUUUGCAAUUUCUACCAACUCCAAAUUGAUCCCGUCAUAGAACAUAUCUUUCUUUCCUCCUCUUUCAGGCCAUUCUCUUCAUGACUACCCGGUCUAAUGUUCUGUCCCCAACAACUGUUCUCUGUCCAAUACAACCAGAAGAGAUAUAAUACUUGUCCAUGUACUUUGUUCUUUCCUACCAUCUAGAGGCUCAAACCAUCUGUCCGGGUGCAGCAGUGAUUCUCUUGCAUUUCUUCCAAUCUAGUGUACUGCAUUUGGUGAACACAAUAUGGUUUCCUGUGCAUUGGAGGAACCAAAAAUGCCAAUGUUCAGUCCAUACCGGUGACCCUGAGCUUCUUGUUCCAUGCCACUUUAAUUGCAAAUCCCACUCCCAUUCUGACCUGCCUAUAUCUUCUUUCACUGCCAUAUGAGGCCAAUGUAAACUUGAGGAACAAUAUCUAUAGGCACUUUGCAGUUUUCUAGAAUGAAUAUCGAACUUGUGUCUCAUCGUUUCCAGUUAUUGUGCUGCUGUCCCUGUCUCACCCUAUUUUUAUAGAUAGGCUCUAUACCAAUCAGUACUUCUGUUCCUUAUCACCUGAUCUAACUGAACUGAUCCCCAUCUAGUCUUUUAUCUCACACCUCAUUCCACCGCCAAAUUUUGCUUGAAAGCGAACACCUCAUCUCUCCCACACUUCUGAAGAAAGCUCUCUGGCUUGAAACGUUAACUGGUUUUCUUUCCUCAGAUGCUGUUUGAUUGGCUGUAUUUUUGUUUCAAGUUUCUCUGGGUCUGUCAAGCUGCCUUUUGCCAGUGCCUGAAAUAUCAGCGUAACAAAAAAAAAAUUGCAAUCAUUAAUUGAUUAAUAUUACUGUGUACGGAAGAUGAUUCUCUACUUCUAUCUUGGCAGAUUUUUUUUCCUAGCUUGUAAGCUUUAGGCUUUGCCUGUAUUUUUUUUAAUAUAUAUUCUUUCAAGGGAUGUGGGCUUUGCAAGCUGAGUCACCGUUCACUGAGUUUAAUGCUUCCAAGCCACUGGAGAGAGUUGCUAUGUCACUUUAUCCAUUCUUUGUAUUCUUAACUCUUCAAUUUCCACCAAUCAAUCUUCUAAGUUCUACAGAGUACAGCUCAAGCUGGUAUCUUGCAAUUUGUAAGCUUUAUCAUUGUGACAUAUUGGCAUCAUAAUCCCUUCUAGACCAGAUUGUCUUCCAAUUUUGUUUUUCAUUACCUAUUUAAUUCAUGUUUUUUUAGGCAGCUACAGUUCUGUUCCUUUGGUAAAAUUAGUAGUCCAUUAAAUUUUUCAUUGAAUACCUUCUAACAUUUUUUUUUGUGUUACUCUUUAAAGGAUUUUCCCAAGUUACUCUGACAAACUUUGUUCCAUCAUUUUCAGAAUCUUAGCUACUUGGCACUUACUGUUUUUUGUUUUGCAAUUAUUUUUAUUAUUAUAUGAUCACAAUUAGACAUAUUUGUUGUACAUUGUUGGAUGGUUAUAUAAAUAGAGCUUAGUUUUGAAGCUACAUUUAGAUAAAUCUCUUGGAAGUAUGAGACAUCAAGUCAUUGAAAAUGUAUAAACCUGUCAGUUACUGAAUUGAAAUCUGUCCUAAUAGUCAUUAGACAAGAGUUUCACUGGUUGGGUUUGCCCAAGGGCACUGCAAAACCUUCUUAGGAGCAGUCUGUUCUGUAGAUUACAGCCUACUGCCCUUUUCAUUUAGUGUUGCAGCUUUUAUUAAGGGUGAACAGUAUGAUGGGAGUAAGAGUAAAUCUUGUCCCAGUAGAGUGUAAAUUAAAUAGAUACUUUUAAUUAGAACCAGUAAGUCUUUUGCAGCACCUGUUGCAUGUUGGACAUGUACUGGUUAGGUUCCAUGCAUCAAAGACUACAACUGUCUUGUUAUGGAACAGGUUUGUAAAUGUACUGCUGACUAUCCAAUCACUGUUUGUGAUAUUUUACAUUGUUGUUUAUAUGAAGAUUGUGGGGAUUGAAUAAGCAAUUGGAUUUGCUCAGUUCACUCUGCAUAACUUGAUGUUGUGUUAUAAUGUAAAAAUAAUGAACGCACAAUGCUCCCCGUGUCAAUUGAUCGCCUUUGACUCAUUCUGUUUAAAAUUGCAUGAGAUUUAUUUGUGUUCUUCUUUGGACUUGAUUGUGUCACAAAACUAUGUUUCCAGAUCCUACUUUCCCACACAGUGUGGAACUGUUUCUCUUCCUGUCACUAACUGAAAUUGGAGAUGGGACAGUAGAUGGCUCUAUGGACUAUAUCUAUAUCUACCGUGCAUUGUAGAUGGUACAGAAGGUAAAGACACACAAGAUCCAAGGCAAAUUACCUAUUUGGGUCCAAAAUUAGCUUGAUGAUAGGAGGCAUAGGCUAGUAUUUGAAGGAUGCUUUUCCAUUUUGAAAUAUAACCAGCAGUGUGCUGCAGAGAUGAGUGCUGGGAUCCUUCUUGAUAUGUGAAUGGGGGGUGGGGGGGAGGGUAUGUUAAGUAGGUUUAUGGAUGGCUUGAAAAUUAGUGGUGGUUUGGAUAGGAAGGAAGAUUGACAACAAAAUAGAGAUAUGUUGGAAAGCAUUUGAAAACAGAAUUUAAUUCCAAUUAUCACAAGCUGAUGCAUUUUAUAUCAAAUAGAGGUAGGAUAUGUUAAGCAGAUUGUAGUAAGGAACACUGUUAAACAAAAGGACUGUGGGGUUGAAGUCCAUAGUCGCCUGAAAGCAGUGGCACAGGUAGAUAUGAUGGUGAAGAGGCACAUAUAGCAAUCUUGACUUCUUAGGUUGGGACCUAGAACAUAAAAGUCAGGACAUUAUAUCGCAAAUUUAUCAAACGCUGGUUAGGCUGCACCUGAAGGAUUGUGUGCAUUUCUGAUCCCUGCAUAAGGAUAUUAUUGCACUGGACAGAGUGCAGAAACUAUUCACCAGAAUGUUAACAUAUGGAGGGAAGAAACUGGACUGGCUGGGCUUGCUUUACCUGCAGAAGAGGAAGCUGAAGGGUCACCUGAUAGAGGGGUAUAUGAUUAUGAGAGGCAUAAAUAAGAUAAAUAGACAAAAUCACAAUCUCAUAAUAGUGGUAUCAAAAUUAAGAGGUCAUUGGUUUACGGUGAGUAGAAGGAAUUUGGAAGUUUCUGCACAGAAUGGUUGAUACGUAGAACAUCCUGCCAAAGGAAAUGAUGCAGUCAAGUCCAAUCACUGUUUAAGAGGCAUGUAGACAUGUGUAAAUAGACAAGGUAUGGAGGGGUACGGUUUUAAUGCAGAUGUAUAGGAUUAAACUGAAUGGUCAAAACUGUCAGCAUGGAUGUGGUGGCUGAAGAGCCAGUUUUUUGUCCUACACAACUCCACAGUCAUGUCCUAAAUCCCUUUGUGCGCCUCUAGUUCUUAAGUCAGAAAAAGCAAUCUGAUUUUCCAAUACGAUCAAUAAUGUGAUGAAUAAAGCUACCACUUAUUAACUAUCAGUAUUGCUGUUCAAGCAUUUCAACUCAUUAAUGCAUUUCUGAACAUUAAUACAUUUAAAAAUAAUAAGAUCCUAAACCAAAUGAAAUAUGAUUCAAGUAUGGCAAGAAAGGGGAAUUUAAAAAAUUCGAAGUUGAGUUUGUCAUAUACACAAGUCCAUUGCAGCUGCAUCAGGCAACAACAUCAUUUAAGCAGCAUUCACAAGAGAUAUACACAAUCUUUAUUUUAAAAACAUAAUUAGAGGAAAAAAAAGACAAUUUUAGUGCAAAGUAGUCAUACAGUUGCUAAAAUAGUGAUUUGGGAUAUGCAGGUUGGUUCAGUGGUUGAAGGGAAGUAGCUGUUCUUGAACCUGGUGAUAUGGAUCUUAAGGCUUUUGUACCUCCUGCCUGAUGAUAACUGCAAAAAGAUGGCAUGGCCAAGAUGGUAAGGAACCUUGAUAAAUGUUGUCUUCUUGAGGCAGUGUAUCCUGUAGAUACUACUGAUUAUGAGGAGGGAUGUGCCCGCGAUGUUCUGGACAGAGUCCACUAUGUGCAGUUUCUGCAUUCCUACGCGAUCAAAUUGCCAGACCAGACCAUGAUGCAACCAGUCAGAAUACUUCCAACAGUACAUUUGUAAAAGUUUGUUGGUGUUCGAUGACAAGCUAAAUUGCUUAAGGAAAGUAAAGACCUCAUGAGCUUGAUUGUAUCUAUAUAUUGGGCCCAGGAACUUAAAGCUGCUGUCUCUUCACUGCUGAUCCCUCAGUGUAAACUAGCGCAUGUUCAUCCUCCUUUCCUUUCUGAUUUUUGAGCCAGAGGUUGUUUUUGCAGCACUAGUUCUUUUAUUGCUAUUAUACUGCUAAAAUUUCUUCAUCAAGGGUUUGGCAAUUCCACAGAAAUGUUAAUAUUACCCCUGGGACAUUGUCCAUCAUCAGUCCUUCUAGCUCAGGGGUGGCCAACCUUUUACAUUGCAUGCGCCAGUUUUUUCACGCAUGAGUUCAGAUGCACCAUACAACUUUUGAACCCCCAUUCAAUUCUUGUAAAAAUAUGUUAAUAUAGACAUAUUUAGCUUUUUUACAUGAUGUAUUGACUUAAUAUUAAAAAAGAUAAACAUUACUUAUCUUAAUGAGACUUCUAAUAAAUAUAUUUUGUCUUCUUUUGA